UUAUAGUAGUUUUUAGCAGAAGAUAAGGCGGCAAAUGUGAAUUGUGAUGUAAGAUGAUUAUAUUUGUUGCAUGCAUUCAAGAAUCAACUUUUUAUUAGAUCUGAUCUGAUCAUCCAAAAUCUAUUCAAGUCUGGAUCUGCGCAUUCAUCUACUGUUUCAUAAUUGGAAAGCACUCAUACUGAAACACAAGAAACAACAGAGACAUUACAACAAACACAAUGCCUCCAAUUCCAAAGAACAACAACAAUACCUCAUUCUCCAUUCCCACACUCUUUCUUUUCUUCAUCAUCAUCUCCAUUCUCUCUCUCACAUUCUUCUUCUUCUCCUCCUACACCACCACCACACACUCUUCACUCUCUCUCCAACCCACCACCUCCUGCAUCAACGUCUACGUCGCCGACCUCCCCAGAUCCCUCAACUACGCCCUCCUCAACCGAUACUGGUCCUUCACCUCCGAUUCCCGUAUCGGCAGCGACGUCGAUAGUGAAAUUCGAUCCAAAAGCAAAGCCUUAGAAUUUACUGAAUUUCCACCAUACCCAGAGAACCCAAUUAUCAAACAGUACAGUGCGGAGUAUUGGAUCAUGGGGGAUCUUGUUACACCCUCGAAAUUGCGAACUGGGUCGUUUGCAAAACGGGUUUUUGAUGAACGUGAGGCUGAUGUGGUUUUUGUUCCGUUUUUUGCUACUAUUAGUGCUGAAUUGCAAUUGGGUAUGGCGAAAGGGGUUUUCAGGAAGAAAGUUGGGAAUGAGGAUUAUCAGAGGCAGAGUGAGGUUGUUGAUUUUGUGAAGAAAACUGAAGCUUGGAAUCGUUCUGGUGGAAGAGAUCAUGUGUUUGUUGUCACUGACCCAGUUGCAAUGUGGCAUGUUAAAGAUGAGAUUGCCCCGGCUAUUCUCCUUGUUGUGGAUUUUGGUGGGUGGUAUAGACUUGACUCAAAAUUAUCCAAUUGUACCUCGUCUGAAAUGAUCCAACACACUCAAGUUUCUGUAAUCAAAGACGUGAUUGUGCCGUACACACAUCUUCUACCCCGUUUGCAUUUGUCAGAAAACAAGGAGCGCCACAACCUUCUCUAUUUCAAAGGAGCCAAGCAUCGGCACCGGGGAGGCCUAGUUAGAGAGAAGUUAUGGGAUCUAUUGAAUAAUGAGCCCAGUGUUAUCAUGGAGGAAGGCUUCCCUAAUGCGACUGGGAGAGAGCAAUCAAUACAAGGGAUGAGAACAUCUGAGUUUUGCCUGCAUCCGGCUGGGGACACACCCACUUCAUGCCGACUGUUUGAUGCCAUUCAAAGUCUUUGUAUACCUGUUAUCGUCAGCGACAACAUUGAGCUCCCAUUCGAAGGUAUGGUGGACUAUACAGAAUUUUCAGUUUUUGUAGCAGUUGGUGAUGCACUUAAACCAAGCUGGAUAGUCAAUCAUCUUCAAAGCUUUUCAAAAAAACAGAAAGACACGUUCCGCCAAAACAUGGCUCGAGUGCAGCCCAUGUUUGUCUAUGAUAAUGGUCAUUCGGGUGGUAUUGGCCCUGUACCUAUGGAUGGUGCAGUGAAUCAUAUAUGGAAGAAAGUUUACCAAAAGCUGCCAACGAUAAAAGAAGCCAUAAUUCGAGAGAAAAGAAAACCACCGGGUGUGUUGGUUCCACGACGAUGUCAAUGGAGGCCUAGUUAGAGAGAAGUUGUGGGAUUGAUUGAAUAUCCAGCCUGAUGUUAUAAUGGAGGAAGGUUUCUCUAAUGUGAGCGAAGGGAAUUUUUUUUGGAAUAAAGUGUUAAAAUCAAGUAUGAAAUUGGAAGAACAAAGUAAGCGAAGGCACGCCAAAAUUUGUGACAUAAUCUGAUGGAGGCGAUGUAUUUUUAAUAGAGGAAUGAUAUUUGAACAACCAUUUUUGAUAAUGUUUGU